GCGGCGGAACGGCCCUAUACUCCUCUGCGGUAGCGGAAGCGGCCUCCUUUUCGCCUGAGCGCCGCGGCCCAAGAUGGCGGUCCAGAUCUCCAAGAAGCGAAAGUUUGUGGCCGAUGGUAUCUUCAAAGCAGAACUGAAUGAAUUUCUGACUCGUGAGCUGGCUGAAGAUGGCUACUCCGGGGUGGAAGUCCGAGUUACCCCAACCAGGACAGAAAUCAUCAUCCUCGCCACCAGAACUCAGAAUGUUCUGGGAGAAAAAGGGCGCCGUAUCCGUGAGCUGACAGCUGUUGUGCAGAAGCGGUUUGGCUUUCCCGAAGGAAGCGUUGAGCUCUAUGCAGAGAAGGUGGCUACAAGGGGACUGUGUGCGAUUGCCCAAGCUGAGUCCUUGCGUUACAAGCUUUUGGGGGGGCUCGCAGUACGUAGGGCCUGUUAUGGUGUCCUUCGCUUCAUCAUGGAGAGCGGAGCCAAGGGCUGUGAAGUGGUGGUUUCCGGCAAGCUCCGAGGCCAGCGAGCCAAGUCCAUGAAGUUUGUAGAUGGCCUGAUGAUCCACAGUGGAGACCCCGUCAACUACUAUGUUGACACAGCUGUGCGCCACGUCCUCCUUAGACAGGGUGUGCUGGGCAUUAAGGUCAAGAUCAUGUUGCCCUGGGACCCGAGUGGGAAGAUCGGCCCCAAGAAGCCCUUGCCGGACCACGUCAGCAUUGUGGAGCCAAAGGAGGAGAUCCUGCCCACCACCCCCAUCUCGGAGCAGAAGGGCACCAAGCCAGAGCAGCCCCCCAUGCCGCAGCCGGUCCCCACCGCCUAGAAGGGUUUUCCAGUGUCUGGAAGAAAGAGCUUGAUGUCUUGUACAAAUAUCUCUUAAUAAAAUCUGGAAAAAGACAA